AUGAAAAGAACGUGUUUCAAUCACAUUUUACUGAUUUCAGUACUAGCCCUCGCAUUCAUUUGCGGACCAACCAAAAAGAAGGAAGUUGAAGGACCAGUCAUUGGUAUUGAUCUUGGAACUACCUACUCUUGCGUAGGUAUCUUUAAGAAUGGAAGAGUCGAGAUUAUUCCAAACGAAUUUGGAAACAGAAUCACCCCCUCAUUCGUCGCCUGGUCUGACGAAGAGAGAUUAGUCGGAGAAGCAGCUAAGAAUCAAGCUCAUGUUAACCCCAAGAGAUCAGUCUAUGUCGUAAAGAGACUUAUUGGUAGAGCAUAUGAUGACAAGGAAGUCCAAAGAGACAAGAAAUGGUUACCAUAUGAUAUUGUCAACAAGGGCGGCAAACCAUACGUUAAGGUUCAAGUCCAAGGAGGUGAGGAAAAGACUCUUUCACCAGAGGAAGUGUCAGCAAUGAUCUUGAUCAAGAUGAAGGAAAUCGCUGAGGCUUAUUUAGGUAGAGACGUUAAGCACGCCGUCAUUACUGUCCCAGCCUAUUUCAAUGACUCUCAAAGACAAGCCACCAAGGAUGCAGGUCUUAUUGCUGGUCUUGAUGUUCUUAGAAUCAUCAACGAGCCAACUGCCGCCGCUAUUGCCUAUGGUAUGGACAAGAAGCAAGGAGAGAAGAACAUCAUCGUUUUCGAUCUUGGUGGUGGUACUUUUGAUGUUUCCCUUCUUACCAUUGAUAAUGGAGUUUUCGAAGUCGUUGCCACCAGUGGAGAUACCCAUCUUGGAGGAGAAGAUUUCGAUCAAAGACUCACUGAACACUUCGUUAAGGUAUUCAAGAAGAAGCACAACAAGGAUAUUAAGGACGAUGCUAGAGCAUUCCAAAAGCUAAAGUCAGAAGUUGAGAAGGCCAAGAGAGAUCUCUCAAGUGUUCAUCAAACUAAAGUUUCAAUUGAGAAUAUUGUUGACGGUAUUGAUUUCAGCGAGACCAUUACCAGAGCUAGAUUCGAAGAACUCUGUAAUGAUUUAUUCAAGAAGACCCUUCAACCAGUUCAAUAAGUUCUUGAUGACUCAGGAAUGAAAAAGACUGAUAUUGAUGAAGUCGUACUCGUUGGUGGUUCAACUAGAAUCCCCAAGGUUCAACAACUCAUUAAGGAUUUCUUCAAUGGUAAAGAACCAAACAGAGGUAUUAACCCAGAUGAAGCCGUCGCCUAUGGUGCUGCCGUCCAAGGAGGUAUCUUAGGAGGUGAAACUUCAGAGGAGACCAAGGAUAUUCUUUUGAUUGAUGUGACCCCUCUUACCUUAGGUAUUGAGACUGUUGGAGGUGUUAUGACCAAGAUUAUCAACAGAGGUACUGUCAUCCCAGCCAAGAAAUCCCAAACUUUCACCACCUAUCAAGACCAACAAACCACUGUUACCAUUCAAGUCUUCGAGGGAGAGAGAACACUUACCAAGGAUAACCACUUACUCGGUAAAUUCGAUCUCACUAGUAUCCCACCUGCCCCAAGAGGUGUUCCAUAAAUCGAAGUUACAUUCGAGAUUGAUGAGAACAGUAUACUCAGUGUUUCCGCUCUUGAAAAAGGUACUGGCAAAUAAGAAACUAUCACUAUCACCAACGAUAAGGGUAGACUCAGCAAAGAGGAGAUUGAUGCCAUGAUUAGAGAUGCCGAGAAAUUCGCUGAUCAAGAUAAGGAACUCAAGGAGAGAAUCGAUGCCAAGAACUCACUCGAAAACUAUAUCUACACAAUGAGAAACACUAUUGAAGAUAAGGAAAAGCUAGCCGACAAGAUCGAAGCUGAAGAUAAGACCAAGAUCAAGGAUGCCCUCCAAGAGACUCAAGAUUGGCUAAGCUCCCACGAAGAAGCAGAGAAAGAAGAAUUAGAGAGCCAACUUAAGGAUCUCCAAAGCAUCUGUGACCCAAUCAUCUCAAAGGUUUAUCAAAAGACUGGUGGCCAAGGUGCUGCUGGUGAUGAAGAAGACCACGAAGACCUAUGA